CAUGUUCAGAAACACACUCUGGAAGAGAAAAUAUUCGAAUCCUGCGUUCAGAAAUAUCCUCUAGUUGAAUCCGAGGUGCGAUUUAACAUUACAAAGGUACCAAUUACACCUGGAUAGGUAAUUCUUCACCUCCAGAGUAUAAUUCUGAACACGCCCCUAGUGUUGUAGUUUGUAGUUUGUAGUUGUAUGGUGCAGUAUGGUGUUGUACGUUGUAGAUUAAAUCUAUAUAGUAUACAUCCAUGUUGAUGUUGUUACUUUUGAAUAUAUAAACCAUAUUAUUUAUUACUUUUCUCACUUCUGUACAUUUUCCAAUUAAUAACGAUUGCAGAAAAUCAGUAAUCAAUUUUUUAUUCAUAAAAUAUAAACGCAAAAAGUUCAACAUGUCAUUUCGUGGACGUGGUGGCGGGUUCAGAGGUGGAAACAGAGGAGGUGGUGGAUUUAGAGGAAAUAAUCGUGGAGGUGAUAGAAACCGAGGGUAUGAUCAAGGUCCACCGGAAUCAGUUACAACUUUAGGACAUUUUGAAUGGUCAGUUCAAGAUGAUCUUGUAGCUAAGGUAGACAUUGAACAAGUCCCAUUUUUUAAUGCUCCAAUUUAUACUGAAAAUAAACAGCAGAUUGGAAAAAUUGAUGAAAUAUUUGGAAACAUUCGAGAUUAUUAUGUUUCAAUAAAACUUUCUGAAAAUGUAAAAGCUUCGAGUUUUGAAAAAAAUUUUAAGUUAUUCAUAGAUCCAGCUAAGCUAUUGCCACUUCAAAGAUUUUUGCCAAAACCUCCAGGAUCGAUUGAGAAACGCGGCCGUGGUGGUGGAGGACGAGGAGGUAGAGGUAGUGGCCGUGGUAUUAGUAGAGGAGGAGGAGGUAACAGAGGAGGUGGUGGCUUCGGCGGUCGUGGUUCUAGAGGUGGAGGAGGAGGUGGAUUCCGUGGACGUGGUGGAUUUGGGCGAGGCGGCAACAGCCGUGGUGGUGGUGGUGGUGGUGGUGCCGGAAGAGGAGGAAGAUGGUGAAAUAUAUUUCUAUAUGAAAUAUAAUACUUUUCAUUCUACAAUUUACUAAAAAUAUGUUAUUAUAUAAUUAUAUUUAUUAUAAAUACAGAAAAAUAUGAAA